CACUGUCGCUCUGAGACCGGUGUGCGAGUGUUAGCACGGCGCUAAUGUGACAUAGGAACUUUCAACAGGCGUUCGCUCAUUUCUCCUCAAUUAAACUCAUAUUCCCUGCAGCAAAAUUGACUGAAGUGGUGGACCGUACAGACGCCAGGAGAAUGUUUAACCCUCAUCAGCACCAGCAGCAGCAGCAGCAGCAGCAACAGCACCAGUUCCAGCAGCAUCUGCGUCAGCUCCAACAGCUGUUCCAGCAUCAGACGCCUCCUCCUCCUCCUCCACCUCCUCCUCCUCCUCAGCCUCCGCCCGCACACCACAUCACACACCACCACCAGACGGCACGGUCUAUGGCUCCAGCGCCCCCGUCUGCUCGUAUGGUGAACCUCUGCUCCGCCACUCAGACCAUCAUCGGACACAACCCCAUGCUGCAAGGGGCUCUGCUCAUGCAACAGAUGCAGGCUGGAAGCAUGCGUGGCUUUGCGAUGGGCGGGCAACAGUUCCCUCAGUUCUUCAGCGCCGGAUCCAGAGCGUCUCUCCUCGGGCCCGUUCCAAUGGGAGUGGCCAUCAAAACUCCACACAUGGGAUUCCCGCGACAUUUCAAUCCACACGCGCGCUAUUUCAGCAAUGAGUUUCAGGCACGUCAGCCGGACAGAAAGAGGGAAAUUGAGCAGAGACCAGCGGGAAGCAGCAACAGCCAAUCAGAAGCCAGGAGCAGCAGCACAGAUGAAGUUUCCAUCGUCGCCGAUCCUUCAGAACCGCCCGAUGAACCAGCGGCCAAAAAACACAGAACUGAUGCGUCCGUGACUUCAAAUCUGUCAGAUUUAGCUCAAAACACUGAAUACAAGAGCCCGGAUCCUGCAGACUGCACACUGCAGGAGGGAGGCAGUGUCGCCGGGCCGGUCGCCGCUGAAGCCGAUGAACAGAGUCAAGUGGCCAAGCAGAUCGAACAUACAGAAGCUCCUGAUAAAGAAGUGGAACAGCAGAACAGUGACGGUCCAGAUGACGCCAUCGUCUCCGAUCCAGUGCCAGAGGUCGAGGAGGUCAAGGAGACUAGCGCUCACGAGGAGGUUAAAGAGACUAGCGCUCACGAGGAGGAUAAUGACGAAGGGCCGGAGACCUCCAACAAGUUCUUCUGCUACAUUUGCAACAUCACUUGCCAUAACCAGCAAAAUUUCCAGAGCCAUAUGAACGGACUGACGCACCAGCAGAAGAUGAUGGAGAUCCAGCACAUGAGUAACGCGUGUCUCGUCACGCUUCUGCCGCGAGUCCAGGAGUCCCUGCAAGGAGCGCGCAAAGACGGUGAGAAGAGGCCCGGCCUGCAGAGGUGGUGCUCCACCUGCCAGACUCACUUCACCAGCAACGUCAUGGAGCAUCGCAGGACCAGGGAGCACAAGCGCUGCAGUCACUCGCCCAGCACCAGCUGCACCGUCUGUAAGCUGCACUUCAGGACGGCCAGAGAGUUCGUGGAGCACAUGCAGUCCAAGGAGCAUAAGCAGCGCGUCGAGCUGCUGUGGAAGGAGUCGGGGAAAGACGGCGUGGAUCAGCUGAACUCUGCCAUGUUAUUGGCCGAAGAGGACGGCGACUGCAGUGACGACGACAGGGAGGAAGAGGAAAACGGGAAGGAGGGUCUGUCUGCGCAGAUGGAGGUCACACUAGAAGAUCUGACUGAAGACGAGGAGUUUGACUCUGACACAGUGUAUGGGUCUAGUUUUGUGGUGCCUGUCGCUGGGUUUCUCUGUCGACUCUGCGAUCAGUUCUAUCACUUUGAGUCUUCGGCUCGACACACACACUGCAAGACGCUCACACACUUCGAGAAUCUGAAGCGUUAUAAAGUCUCAAGGAAACACGAAGACUCCGGUUCAACCUCGGGAGAACCGACACACCACAUCAGUCCCGAUGAAACCUUCACCUCGUCCACGCCU